AUGGUUACACCUACAGUGAAGAUGCCAGUCACAUCCUCCUCGCAUCUCUUCUAUCUGGCCCUGUGCUUGCUCGCCUUCACCAGCUCUGCCACGGCGGGACCCGAGACCCUCUGCGGGGCUGAGUUGGUGGAUGCUCUCCAGUUCGUGUGUGGAGACAGGGGCUUUUAUUUCAACAAGCCCACGGGGUACGGCUCGAGCAGUCGGAGGGCGCCCCAGACAGGAAUCGUGGAUGAGUGCUGCUUCCGGAGCUGUGAUCUGAGGAGGCUGGAGAUGUACUGUGCGCCUCUCAAGCCCGCCAAGUCGGCCCGCUCAGUGCGUGCCCAGCGCCACACCGACAUGCCCAAGGCUCAGAAGGAAGUACAUUUGAAGAACACAAGUAGAGGGAGUGCAGGAAACAAGAACUACAGAAUGUAGGAAGACCUUCCUAAAGAGUGAAGAAUGACAUGCCACCGGCAGGAUCCUUCGCUCUGCACGAG